AUGUCGCCAGAGAAGCACGAGCGCUGCAAGAAGAAGCACAGCGACCCUGAAACGCUGCUUCACUACGAGGCCCUGAACUCCGCGGCCGCGGGCUGCGCGCAGUGCGUCGAGGCUUUUCUCGCCGAAGGUGGGGAUCCUCUGAAGGGAACGGUCAACCACGCCGAUUGGAAUCUCAUGGCCUGGGCCGAGUACUCCUGCAGCAAGGGGCGGAUCAGUCAGACACAGCUGGAUGCUGUGAAAGUCCUGAUCGAUGCCUACUCAGGCGACCAAGUCAAGAGACCAGGAGCUCCCGGUGGUGAAGGGGAGGCGGCGGAGGUGCCUCUCCAUGAUGGCUACUGUCCACGCCAUCCCCACAUGACGGAAGAGCAAUGCAAGCAGUACGAGAAGAACGCGGACUUCCUUCACUACGCCGCGCUCUACGCCGCCAGCCUGGGAUGCGCGCAGUGCGUGAAGGCCUUCUUGGCGGAGGGGGGAGAUCCCCACCGAGGGACGGCUGGGCACGAAGACUGGACUCUUUCGGCUUGGGCAGAGUACUCCUUCGGCAAGGGUCACAUCACUCGGGCGCAGCUUGAUGCGGUGAAGAGUGCGGUCUGUGCUCACACAGCCUCAGGCGCCCCAGGUGAACUUGAGCCAAACAGGGAGGUGCAAGAGCCCAUGUCCCGCUUCGAGAUCCAAAGCCAUUCUGGGCCGGGAUACUGCCCGCAGCAUCCGCACAUGAACCCAGAGCAGCGUCACCACUGUGAGAGGAGGUCCACCACACCGGAGGAUUUUCAGCACUACGCCGGGCUCCACUCGGCACUGGCCGGCUGCGCGCGAUGUGUGGAGACGUUCUUGGCCGAAGGGGGCGAUCCCCUCAAGGGCACGGCCCGUCACCGGAGGUGGAAUCUCCAAGCUUGUGCCGAGUAUGCCUUCAGCAACAGAGAGAUCAGCGAGGUGCAGUUGGAUGUCAUCAAAAGCCUGGUCUCAGUUCAUGUGAGCCUUACACGCCCUACAAGCCUUACAACUGAUGCAUGCAUGCGCGAGAGAUCACGUAGUCCGCGGCGCGGGUUUAGGGUUUAG